UCUCCCUCACACACACACGCGUGCGCUUUCACACACAUUCAUACGCCAGAGCUGACACUGCAGCAGAAAAACAGCCUGGUAGCGAAAGAGAGGGACUCCAUUGACUGUGAGAGAGGACUGUCUUCAUGCAGGCUCUAUCGAGGAGUACCUGACCAGAGGCAAUGGGCUGUGGGUGUGUGUGUUAAUGUGUUAGGUGUGUGUGUGUGUGUGUGUGUGUGUGUGUGUGUGUGUGUGUGUGUGUGUGUGUGUGUGUGUGUGUGUGUGUGUGUGUGUGUGUGUGUGUGUGUGUGUGUGUGUGUGUGUGUGUGUGUGUGUGUGAGAGAGAGAGCACCCUAGCAAGAGAAGCAGCACUGCAGAUACUGACUGAGUCCGGGGCUCAGCUUGGAGCAUCGACCGAGAAACGAAGAUCCAUUGCUCUCAACCUCUGUGUGUGUGUGUCAGUGAACGUGUAUGUUUGUGUAAGAGCUGGUGUGUCAUUCACUGCUCUGCCUGCGUAUCCUUGCGUAUCUGUGUCGUCGGCCCUCUCCCUGUCCCUGUCCCAGAAUGCUUCAUUCUGCGCCCCUGUGCUGAGGAGGCGUUGGGCAGUAUGGACUGUGCGCUGGCCGGGACCCCCCCCACGGAUCUAGGCUGCCCCCCCAGGACGGGCACACACCGCACCUCUGCUAAUGGGCGAGGACACUGACACCACCCGAAUACUGAACCACAGCUUCCUCCGAGACCACAACUAUGUGACUGAAGCUGAUAUCAUCUCCACUGUUGAGUUCAACCACACUGGAGAGCUCCUGGCCACAGGGGACAAGGGGGGACGUGUGGUCAUCUUCCAGAGGGAACCUGAGGGUAAGACAGAGCCAUUCUCCCAGGGGGAGUAUAAUGUCUACAACACCUUCCAGAGUCAUGAGCCGGAGUUUGACUACCUGAAGAGUCUGGAGAUAGAGGAGAAGAUCAACAAGAUACGAUGGCUGCCACAGCAGAACGCCGCCCACUUCCUCCUCUCCACCAAUGAUAAGACCGUUAAGCUGUGGAAGGUGAGUGAGCGGGACAAGAGGCCUGAAGGCUACAACCUGAAGGAUGAGGAGGGCAGGAUGAAGAACCUCUCCACUGUCACCUCACUACAGGUGCCGGUGUUGAAGCCCAUGGAUCUGAUGGUGGAGGUGAGUCCUCGGCGUGUGUUUGCCAAUGCCCACACCUACCAUGUCAACUCCAUCUCUGUCAAUUCUGACCAUGAGACCUACAUGUCAGCUGACGACCUGAGGAUCAACCUCUGGCACCUGGGCAUCACCAACCGCAGCUUCAACAUCGUGGAUAUCAAGCCAGUCAACAUGGAGGAUCUGACAGAGGUGAUAACAGCAGCAGAGUUCCAUCCUCACCACUGUAACCUGUUGGUCUAUAGCAGCAGUAAGGGAACUCUACGGCUCUGUGACAUGAGAGAGGCCGCACUGUGUGACAAACACUCCAAACUGUUUGAGGAGCCGGAAGACCCCAGUAACCGCUCCUUCUUCUCUGAGAUCAUCUCGUCUGUGUCGGACGUGAAGUUCAGCCACAGCGGGCGCUACCUGCUGACCAGAGACUACCUCACUGCCAAGGUGUGGGACCUGAACAUGGAGAACAAGCCCCUGGAGAUAUACCAGGUGCAUGAAUACCUCCGCAGCAAGCUUUGCUCCCUGUACGAGAACGACUGCAUCUUCGACAAGUUUGAGUGUGUCUGGAACGGCUCAGACAGUGUGAUCAUGACUGGGGCCUACAACAAUUUCUUCCGGAUGUUUGACCGGAACACCAACCGUGACGUGACCCUGGAGGCGUCCAGGGAGAGCAGUAAGCCCCGGGCCGUGCUCAAGCCUCGCCGCGUCUGCCAGGGCGGGAAACGACGCAAGGAUGACAUCAGCGUGGACAGCCUGGACUUCACCAAGAAGAUCCUGCACACGGCCUGGCACCCCACGGAGAACAUCAUCGCCAUCGCUGCCACCAACAACCUGUACAUCUUCCAGGACAAACUCAACCAGGAGAUGCAUGGCUGAGAGAGAGAGAGAGCAGGAGGCUGGAGACAUACACACACACACAUACUGAUGCAAACAUUAAUUCAGACAGUAAGGCAAGCAAGAACAUGUAACAUAUGCACACACACACACACACACACACACACACUCUCGCUCUCUCUCUAGAUGACAGGGAGAUGCUGUAAAGACACACACUCCGCAGUUCUCAGUGGAUGGACCGGUCCACCCUAGGACCAGACAGGGGGAGCUGGAUAACCCAAUAAGAAUGAUGCUGGAUUAUGGUUUAUGGAAUUCUAAAUCAUGGAUGUGUUGACUGUUGACCUCUGGAUUGUGGCUGAUCUGAUGGUGUUUGUUUUGCUAUUGGUCAUUUUUGCAUUCUGAGGGGUUUGACCUCUUGACCGGAGGAGCUUUCACACGUGUCUGCCUUUUUCUGAUCAUCUGCCUCUUCCUCUUCUUCCCCUUCCUCCUCACUCUGUUUCUGUACAUGUCUGUGCUCAGUCCUCUCCUACAGUCUGGACUGAUUCUUGACGUUGGUGUAAAAAAAACCUUUGUGGUUCCUGGUGGUAACUAGUGGAAAUGUUUGCGGAAUGUUUGAAGUCUAAUUAUAGUUUUUUUGUUAAAUCAUGAAUUAUCAUUAAUGAUGAUGAUGAUGGUAAAAGUGAUGACAAUGACAGUUAAUGGUACAUGAGACAUUAGUCAGUAGGACGUUGUUCCACAAGGCUGCCUGUCACACCUAGGUGACAUUUCAUCCUGGUGUUUCAGUUGAUUGUGAAGACUGCUGGGGAACUUGGCUGUGUCGUGCUACUUUGCAAUGAAAUACAAGGAAUGAAGCAAAAAUCAAGUCCAACAAUCAAGCAAAAAAUAUGCUGCAUGAUGGAUUUUUUUUUUGUUUAUAUAAAUUUACUGGCUGCCUUUCUAACCAUAAACAGGCUGUAAAAAGGCUUCUGGAGCUCUGCCUCUACACAGCACUAGUUACCAUAGACAACAACAAAGAGCUCUCCUUUUGUUUGUGUUUACCGGACACAAAAAGCAUGUUUACCAGUGUUCAGUUUUACGGUGUACAUUUGAAAUGAAGCCCAAAUAAUACAUAGUUUUACAUGAAGAUACUGAACCAGAGGUAUGGGGAAUGUUUUAUCAACGUUGUAAACUAAACUGUUAAAGGAAUGUUUUAUCAACGUUGUAAUCUAAACCUUUAAAGGAAUGUUUUAUCAACGUUCUAAUCUAAACCUUUAAAGGAAUGUUUUAUCAACGUUGUAAUCUAAACCUUUAAAGGAAUGUUUUAUCAACGUUGUAAUCUAAACCUUUAAAGGAAUGUUUGAUCAACGUUGUAAUCUAAACCUUUAAAGGAAUGUUUGAUCAACGUUGUAAUCUAAACCUUUAAUAAAGGAAUGUUUUAUCAACGUUGUAAUCUAAACCUUUAAAGGAAUGUUUUAUCAACGUUGUAAUCUAAACCUUUAAAGAUAUGAUUUAUCAGGGUUGUAAUCUAAAUCUUUAAAAGAAUGUUUAAUCAACAUUGUAAUCUAAAUCUUUAAAGGAACGUUUUAUCAGGGUUGUAAUCUAAACCUUUAAAGGGCCUGAAUGGUAUCUGCUGGAUAUUCAACUCUUUUUGACAUUUCUAGGUUUGUUGUUUCGGAUCAAGAACCAAGUGUGCAGAGCCGAUCAUCUCUGACGAUGGUGUUCAUGGCAACAAGAGAGAGAUUAUUAAACUCUUCCCUCUAGCCUUUCAACAAAUUCAGAAUUUUUUGGAGAAGUUAUUGUUAACUUAUGUCUUUUUUUAACAUCUGUCACGUGUUUGAUUUCAUGUCCUGCUGCCCUGGCAUUGAUUCACAUAUUUUGUGUUCAUGUAUUUUCAACGGGAAAAAAAAAUCUCAUGAACAAUUUCGAAUAAGUUGAUGUUAUUUUUUUUUUCUGAAUAAAGAUUUCAACAAUAUUGCA